UGUCUUGUUGCACAAUGCAGUCCGGGUGUUUCCGAGCAGGGCACCGUGGCGCUUGUGCCGCAGAUUGAAUGGAUGCGGAUUCGCUUCUAGCUGGAGGCGGAAAGUGUGCCUUUCGGGGGGGAUACAUGGAAGAAGUUUUGUAAGUUGUGGAUCUAAAUCAAAAGAGCUGGAAUAAGUGACAAGGGGAGGGGACCAGUCGUUACAAGCGAGCAUCUCUUUUACAAUACUAUGUUGAAGAAGAUGGCUGAAUUUGGACCUGAUUCCGGUGGGAGAGUAAAGGUACCGCGGCAGGGAGUUACAAUCGUGAAACCGAUAGUGUACGGAAACGUUGCUCGAUAUUUUGGAAAGAAGAGAGAAGAGGAUGGGCACACUCACCAGUGGACGGUGUACGUGAAGCCCUACAGGAAUGAGGACAUGUCUGCAUAUGUAAAGAAGAUUCAGUUCAAAUUGCAUGAAAGUUAUGGCAACCCAUUAAGAGUUGUCACAAAGCCACCCUACGAAAUUACAGAAACUGGUUGGGGUGAAUUUGAAAUUAUCAUCAAGAUAUUCUUCAUCGAUCCCAACGAGAGACCCGUCACCCUCUAUCACUUGCUGAAGCUUUUCCAAUCAGACUCCAGCGCCAUGCCGAAAAAGACAGUGGUCUCUGAGUUCUACGAUGAAAUGAUUUUUCAGGACCCCACAGCAAUGAUGCAGCAGCUUCUGACAACAUCAAGGCAGUUAACGCUGGGAGCCUACAAACACGAAACUGAAUUUGCAGAGCUGGAAAUGAGGACGAGAGAAAAACUGGAAUCGGCCAAAAAGAAGAGCAGCUUUGAGAUAACAGAGCUGAAGGAGAGGUUGAAAGCCAGCCGCGAGAACAUCAACUAUCUGAAGAGCGAAAUCAGAAAGCUGGAGGAGGAAGACCAGGUCAGGGAUGCUUGAAUGAAUGGAUUCUUCAUCCAGCAACACGAAGGCAGUCCUGAACACUGGCCCUUUUUAUAUAACAAGCCCUGCUUCCUUGUGCUGCCUGUGCUUGUUGUUGUAGUUUCUACUGCUGCAUUAGAUGUGUUAAAUCAAUCCAAAGCUCAAGUCUGAAAAUAUGUGUUUGUGUGGAUAAAGACCCACACAAUCAGGACAGAGACGUAGGACUCCUUGGGUUGUCUCCAUCUGAGAUGGUAAUGUGCAGAAAUUGUACAAUUCCUGGAAUGAUGAAUCAGACAGAUUAACAGCAGUUGUCUUCCAGGGCUUGGGGAAUACGGAAUUAUAAUUAAUCUUAAUGCAGCAUUAUUACAGUAGUUUAUUUUUUAUUUUCAUUUUAAUGUACCUUGUUUGGUGUGUAUGUACUAUUAUGGGGAGGUUCUGUAACAAUUUCCAGCACAGACACUGAAGAGUUCCCAUGUCUGCUUGUGGAAUGCACAGUGGUUUACUUGUCUCCGGGCUGCCUGGGGAAGCCCACAGUGAAACCAGCCUCUGCACUGGCUUUUGCAACAGAAACAGCAUAUAAAUAUCCAACAAGCAAGGUUUUUGUAACACAUGAUUGGCUGCUGAGAGGCUGUUGUUUGAAUCAGCUGCUUGCAGACACCAUGUGUAAGUAAUAAGUAGUGAGAUGGAUCCAUUUUUUUCUAAUUGUACUACAAAAGAACACCUUGCUGGUAUGUGUACCAUACGUGUCAAUAUUGCAGCUUUACAAAAACAAAAUACUGCUGGAUAUUGCUUCAAAACUUGUUUUAUGUUUGUUGAAUAAAAAAGUGUUUUGAUUCCUUACAUCACACAUACAAGGUCUAGACAAAACUGGAAUCAGCUUUUUCUUAUUCAAAUUAUUAUUAUUAUUGCUAUUAUUAUUAAAUAGCUUCAUCCCUAGAUAUGGUAACAGGUAUAAUGGGCAAGGCUGGUUUUGUCGGUGAACGCAGUUUAAAAAUUAAAUGCUGCUCUUUGAUAAUCACCCAGGAAGGUCUGUCUUCUGUGUUAGGCAUGCUGCUUUUCAUUAACCAUGACAUGCAGGAAAGUGUGAUUUUCACCAGACCAGAAGCUACAUCUGACCACUAGAGGGUGCUACAAUAGGGAACAUUGCAUUUACAGUCUUAGUUUAACAUAUAAAAAUAUCAACUCUAAUAAAUAAAGCAACCGUGGAGUUGUGCUUGGCAUCAUUGCUGUGUAAUAAAGCCAUGAGCAAAUGAUUGGCACCCAAGCUGAAUUCUAUACAGUGUGGUUACCUAAAAACUACUGUAAAUCUGCAAACACUUCUAACUGCUGCUGGAGUAAAACAUAGACAGGAGCAGGAUAAAAGCAAUAUAGUGCUUUGGCCACUACCUUCUAAUGCUGCAUUCGUUUUAUAUUGCGCUUUAUUAAGAUUCCAUAAAUUGUGUUCCAAAUUCACUGCUGCCGUUGUUGCUCAUGCUAGAGCCUGGUAAUGAAUUUGAUAGACAUCUCUCAAUGCACAGUAUUACCCAGGCAUUACGUGGCAUCGCAGUGGUAUUGUUAAUCAUCAUCUAAUCCUGGAGACAGACUAGGGAAGCAUCAAUACAUUCACAAUGUCUAACAGCGGAAUAUUCAGUCAGGAGGAUCCCUCUGUCAGCAGCUCCAUGUAGUGUAUUGUUUGUUGUGUGAGGGAAGCGUCACUUUCACUGAGGCGAGAUUGAUAGCUGUGAUAUCACGAGGGAGCAGCUAUGAGUAGUGACUGCCUAAUGCCAUUGUAAUGUGCUGAGGUUUUGUUUUUCCUACCUGUACGAGCAACAUUUUCAAAAACCAGCGUGCACAGCAAGGGCAUACGUCCUGUGCCAAUGAAUCAAAGAAUACAGUGUGCCACCGUCAAAAAAACCACUAUACUGGGACUAUACCAACCGUUAUGUUUAUGAGAGUUUAAAUAAACACUUCAGAAGGGUCUAGCAGAUCAGGCAUACUUUUUGUGUACCCAUAAUUUAUACAUUUCUACGGCUAGUUAAGAAAAGAAACAAGUGUACAUUUUUCAUUGUUGCACUUUUUUUUAACCUUAUUACAAAAACCUUAACAUUUUUUGCUUACAAAUCUAUUUUGGCCCUUUUGUUGCGCUGAGAACGCUUUUUAAAAAAUGUUUCAUGCAUGACAUAUUGAAAAUAGCUGAAAUAAAGGUAGUAGUAGUAAUUUUGGACACAAAUAAACAAAUAAAUAUAUUUUUCAUUUAUUUUUGUUUCAAUUUUUUCCAUUGCAUUAUAUGGGGUAAUAUAUUUGCGUCUUCCAUAUGUCCCCACAGUAAAAUGAACAUAACAUUUACGAACGACAGGCCAUUCCACUGAUCUGAGCUCGUCCACUUCCAGCUGAUUGAUCUCAGAACUUUGUUCUAAUUGACUCCCAAAAACAAGGAGGACACGCCCAUACAUGCCAAAAACUCGGGUUUACAUUCUAUAGGCCCUUAAGGUGAAAACCUCGAGAAAAUGUGACCAUCCGUCUGUCUCUAAUGAAGAUUUACAUUCUGGAUUUCAUCCACUCCGCAAGACUCGGGUCUUUU